AUGUCCGGACUAGAUGACUACAAUUACUACGAAGAAUACAAAGCAUGGCUUCAAUCGAUUCUUGAAUCUCCUAUGCCAUGGAUCGGCAUGUAUAUUGCAGCAGCAUCUCUAGUCUGUUCCGUUGCCAUGGCUGGAGAUGUAAUUCACGGAAUCCGCCGAAAAAAACUUUGGUUCCCGUGCAAGUAUUUCUCUAUGAAUGCUGCAUCCCUUACUGUAAUAGCUGUGGCAAUGAAGCUCUCAGUGGAUCUUACCACCGCCAUGUUGGGAACGAUAGACACACUUGCGAAGCUUAGCAACAGCGGUUUCAUGAUUAUUGUGAUGGGUAACUUCCUAAUAUCUUUUGCAUCUAUGAAUAAUAAGGAAAUUUUCAUGAACAUCGUGGCCUUGGGUAUUUUGGUGAUUACCAUUAGUGUAAACAUGGGUAUCCAAUUGUAUACUUGGAGGGGGGACCUCGUUCUUUUUGAACGGCAGAGGGAGUACCUCGUUGAUAUGUACAUUCUACGCAUAUUUAAUAUUGUUUCCAUGCUUGUCUUGUUUGUGACUAUGAUCUCUUCUAUUUUGACGAUUCCUGCCACUAAAAGGGAUAUGGAAAAGAAGUAUAAUGAAUUGCAUGAAACUGCUUAUGAGGGUGGAAAGUUACAGGAAACUGAGAAUCUUACAGAUGAGAAACUUAAAGAAGUGGUGGACAAAUACUGGAUGAUGGCAGAAACUGGAAGCCCUCAAUUUGUGAUGGCUCGUUCUGUGACCUCGGCGACGUUAGGGGCAAUCUGUUUGGCCACAACAAUCUAUUUUGUUACACUAGCGAUUGCAGUCGUCUUAGGUGACGGUGGUCUCAAGGGGUAUGAUUCAACUUAUUGUUGGUCUACUGUAUGGAUUUUUAUGAUUCAGUCUAUUGGGGUGGUUGUUGGUACUAUUGCUCCGAUAUGUAGGUGGUUUACUGCCAUCAACUUCAACUGCAACAACAUGUUUAGCAACCACCACAAAGAGUUCAAACUAGUGGAAACUUUUUGGAUCCAAACGUUGGUUGCGUGGAAAGAGACACCUUUACCUUCACAAAUUCGGGGCAUGAAAUGCAAGAGAGUUAUUGGGAAUGUUAAAAUUCUUGUUCUUAACUUAUGCAUAGGCAUCCAGAUUUGGAUUGUGGUAGCUAGCAAAUUGGUUCAUCUAAUCUCCAUCAUCAUUACACUCCCAUUGUUCUCAUGUUUCUACUAUGGGAAGAGGAUGAAGGUGGACCUCGGAUCUGAAUCCAGUGCCUUGGAAGCAAAUAAUUCAAGUCCAGAAUUGGAUCGUUACGUUCUGCAACUUGAAGGUGAGGUGAAGCUGCCCAAAAGUAUUCUGAAGAAUGUGUCAUGA